UAAACAAGCAAUCAACGAUAUAAAUAUGAUACAUUUUCGAUCAAAUCAAUCAGUGUUCAAAUAACCAUCGAAACAAAUAGUAUAACAAUUAUUGUGAGUCUAAUCUAGUAAAUUUAUCGACACUCAAUCAGUUGAAGAUGAACCCUCUCAUUGUGCUAGCCAUUCUCAUCAGCAUCAGUUCAACAUCAUGGACUCAAAGCUUGGAUCAAUCAGCAAUAAACGGGAAUGGGGCCAAUCCCUCAAUCUAUCCCUUCUUACCACCUCCUCCUCCACCACCUCCAAUGGGUGGACCACCACAUGCACCAGGAGUCCAUGGACCUGGACAUGUUCAUGUUCCUCAUCCUGAAGGUCCCCAUGAGCUUUUCAGACAAACACCUCGCCACGGGCCUGGACUCCGAGGACCAAGUCCAGGACCUUAUGCUACUGGAUUGAGAUUACCACCUGGCUAUCCUAUUGGAUUCCCACCACAACAGUUUCCCUCUCCUUAUCCCAAUACAAUUGGUGAUUUAGAUCGAUUUAUUAGUUCAAUUCCAGUAACAACAUCUACAGUUGAGUGUUCUUGCUCAAUCUCUUUUGCUGGACAAAACAUUAGCUCAUUAGCUCUUCCCCGAUCACCUUCAAGCCUUUUCCCUGGAGUUAUCUGUGGUCCUGCUUCAGUCAGCCUUUGUCGAAUCCAGUGCAUGGCUCAGGCUCUCAAUGCAACUUUUGAUCUGAUGAGUAAAGCUGUUAACCCUACCAAUGGAAAUGGCGUCUCUCUUCAACAAUAUUUGUGUAACAAUCAACAAAACAGCACUUCCAGUGACAACGCAGCUACUGCUAGCACUGGAAACAAUGGACGCUUGGUUUACAUCAAAUCAGAAACCUCAUGUUCUGAACAGUCAACCGAUUUCUCAUCAUCAAACCGACGAACCGAGUCAAUGUCGUUGGGAUCUCAAGAGUGCAAUGUAAUUGCUAACAUUGGCUCCUUCCAACCACCCUCAAUCAUUUCUCCUGGCUUACCUGUCGCCUAGAUUUGUUUUAACCCAGCAAUAUUUAUUGAAUCACUGAAUCAUUUCAAUAUUAUUUAUUCUAAAUACCAUUAGUUACUGAAUGUAGCCUAGAAAAGAUCGAUGAGCAUCAAAAGCUCACACCUUUGAACAACUCUCUAAUCUCAUGAUUACAAUGUUAAGGAGACAAUCAAAACAACUUUCAACUAUUGAUCUUCAAAGUUGCAUUCCAAUAACAGGCUACGCUAUUUAAUUGUACUUUUCAAUUUGGUAUUUACGAUUUUGUUAACUUAAUUUGAUUAAACUUUGCAUUAUUUUCAAA